AUGACCAGAGCCUUCUUCAUCAAGACUGCCGCAUUGGUGGCGGCAGUAGUCGCUUCCGCGAACGCUGAAUUGAAGACUGUGACGCUCAAGCACCCAAGCGGCUCCAGUGCUGAGCCGAUUGAUUUCCACGCGCUGCUGCACAACUACCUGUGGGUGGACGACGCGCGCAACAAGGGCGUGCAGGUGAAGGGGCUCAAGGGCGUCGAGUACUUUGACAAGGUGAGCAAGACGAACAAGACCGAGACUCGUGAGCUCAUUGACUUUUCGGCUCAGACGGACAAUGUGUACCGCAACGCCCCGGACCUCGUGUCUGCAAUCAUCAAGGGCGUCAACGCUAUCGACCGUACGGUGACGGUCAGAAAGGGAGGCUCUAUCAGUGGCGGGGCCGGUGCGAAGGUGGAAACCGGCGGGAAAUCGGGCAUUCCGCGCGACUCGAAGAGCUCGAAACGAGUCAGCACGAAGACAGACCUCGUUUUGUGGAACCCGUGGGCCGAGCGUGCCGUGGCCAUGAAGGACUUUGGGGACGAAGAGUACAAGAACAUGGUGGCCGUUGAGCCGGGACGCGUGAGCGAGAAGCAAGUCCUGCCUAAUGGCCAGACGUACACGUUGCAGCAGACUAUCUCUGUCCGCGCAAAGUAA